GAAAAACUACGCCCAACGCCGCCCUCCUUCUCCUUCUCCCCUUUCUCUUCGCGCUUUUCUUUUCGUUCCCUCUCCUCUCCUCUCCACUCUCCCCUGCGCGGCAUCUUUUCUUCUAUCUUCUUUACGGCGCCCUCUGCUGCGCCUCUAUCUUUGCCGUCUCUUUGGAGCGAAGGCACGAAAAGUCAGCACCCGCUCCCAAGAUACCCGGGCGAUGCCCCACCAAGAACCUCCCCCCAUGGAGCCCGUUGUUGCCAAAACCGCCGACCCUGCCGCCGCUAUCCCGCCUAGCGCCGAGGAGGUCUCCUCGAUUCUGAGCACCAUCUUCACCAGCAAGACGUCGCAGGCCUCGCUAGACGCUGCUUACGCGCUGACUGGCCUGCUUCAAAACUCGGUCGGUUUCAGAGGUCUCCAGGGCUACGGCAUACUCGACGAGGUCAAGAAGGCUGCCACGAACAAAAAAGAUGUCGGGCGAAAGGAGGGCGCAAUGUUUGCCAUCGGUGCUUUGUUCGAGAGGAUGCCUCCCCACCAGCGCUUGACUGAGGUCGUCUUCUUGCUGCAAGAAGAUGGUCUGGUGGCCCUGUGCUUGGAUGCCCUCUCCGACAAAAGCUCGACAAUCAAGGAGUCCGCGCAAUACGCUCUGGAUGCGCUUUUCACCAACCUUAGGGCUGAGUCUCUUGUUGACGGUCUUUUGCCCGCUAUAACCAAAUACCUUUCCAAGAAGUCCGGAAAAUGGCAAGGUUUCGUUGGCGCGUUCGCCCUCAUCACUCGCAUGGCAGACAAAGCGAAGAUUGGCAUGGGCAGUCUGGAAGAAGAAACGGAGAAGGAUGUUCUCCGUGAGGCUUUGGGCAAGAAGCUCGCCAGCCUCAUCCCCAUCGUGGAAGAUGGUAUGCACGACUUGAAGGGCGAAGUUGCCAAACAGGCCGUUAAAGCCAUGAACUCUUUGGCUACUCUCCUUCAAAACGACGACAUUGCCCCCCGGAUGCCUCUGCUCAUCAAGUCCAUGGAGAACCCUUCUACCGAGACUUUGAACAAGGCCAUUCAUGCCUUGUCUCAAACUACGUUUGUGGCUAUCGUCACUUCUCCCGUCCUUGCGGUCGUGACGCCUCUCCUUGAGCGUGCUCUGAACAACCCUUCGACAUCCCAGGAGGUUCUGCGGCAGACCACUGUUGUCGUUGAAAACCUGACCAAGCUUGUGCAUGAUCCAAUCGAGGCGCGCGCUUUCUUGCCCAAGCUUCGACCCGGUGUCCAGGCGGUCAGGGACCGCGCUUCGCUUCCCGAGGUCCGAGAGAUCGCAGACCGUGCACUUGAGGUCAUCAAGAAGGCUAUGGCAGAUGACAUGGACGCCGCUACUAGCGGCGCCAUCUCUCGUGCUGGUCGCGAAGACGUUGCGACGGUCCUUGACAAGGAGAUUGCUACCAACGGAGGCCUCCUCAACUACCCCAAUGACGACCUAGUGUGGCCUUUCGCUCGCAGCCAUAUCGCUGAGAUGGUCGCGGAAGAUGUCAACCAGCGCCAGCUUGAGCGCAUCAUCCGCUCGAUUGAGCCUUACCUGCAGCCUCUUGUCCAGGAAGGUGCUUCUUCGACUAUUGCGGCCAACAUCCGGCAAUACUACGUUGAAGAAGACGAACGCAAGUUCGGAAAGCCCAUCCAAGAUGAUGAUGGCGAAGUUGAGAUUGUUAAUGCCACUUUCUCCUUGGGCUACGGUGGCAUGCUUCUGCUCUCCCACACGAACCUGCGUCUGUUGAAGGGUCACCGUUACGGACUUUGUGGUCGCAAUGGUGCUGGUAAAUCUACUCUCAUGAGAAGUAUUGCGGAAGGCAAGCUGGAGGGCUUUCCUCCUCAGGACGUCGUCAGGACUUGCUUCGUCGAACACAACCAGGGCGAAGAUGCUGAUAUUAGCAUCCUGGAAUAUUGUGUCAAAGACCCCAAGCUCCAAGGAGAGAGCCGUGAGCGUAUCUCUGAGGUUCUCGAAGAGGUUGGUUUCACUUCCGGCCCUGAAGGCCGCCAGGCCCAGAAAGUCGGUUCGCUCUCCGGUGGAUGGAAGAUGAAGCUGGCCCUUGCUCGGGCUAUGUUGAUGCGUGCCGAUGUUCUGCUUCUGGACGAACCUACCAACCACUUGGACGUUGCCAAUAUCAAGUGGCUGCAGGAAUACCUGAGGAAGCAUACUGAGAUUACGAGCUUGAUCGUCUCCCACGACUCCGGUUUCUUGGAUGAGGUCUGCACGGACAUCUACCAUUAUGAGGGCAAGAAGUUGGUUUGCUACAAGGGCAACCUUGCUGCUUUCGUCAAGCAAAAGCCCGAGGCUUCAAGCUAUUACACAUUGUCCACUUCGAAUGUCCAGUUCAAGUUCCCUCCUCCGGGAAUCCUGACGGGCGUCAAGUCCAUGACUCGGGCCAUCCUGCGCAUGUCCAACUGUACCUUCACGUACCCUGGCUCCGCAAAGCCAUCUUUGCACGAUGUGUCUUGCUCGCUUUCUCUCUCCUCCCGCGUGGCCAUCAUUGGUGCCAACGGUGCCGGCAAGUCUACUCUUAUCAAGAUCCUUACUGGAGAGUACAUCCCUCAGGAGGGCAGAGUUGAGAAACACCCCAAUCUCCGUAUCGGAUACAUUAAGCAGCAUGCCCUGGAACACGUGGAGAUGCACACAGAAAAGACCCCCAACCAAUACCUGCAGUGGCGUUACGCCAACGGCGAUGACCGUGAGGUCUUGAUGAAGCAGACGCGUAUCUUGACCGAGGAAGACAAAGCCCAGAUGGAGAAGCCCGUCGAUAUCGGCGAUGGUAGGGGUCCGAAGAGGAUUGAAGCUCUUAUCGGUCGUCAAAAAUACAAGAAGAGCUUCCAAUACGAAGUUAAGUGGGUUGGCCUUCUUCCCAAGUACAACACGAUGAUUUCGCGUGAGACUCUCACCGAAUUGGGUUUCGUCAAGCUCAUCCAGGAGUUCGAUGAUCACGAGGCUUCCCGUGAAGGUUUGGGUUUCCGUCAACUGGAGCCCAAGGUCAUUUCCAAGCACUUCGAGGAUGUUGGUCUGGAUCCAGAGAUUGCAAACCACAACCAGAUCUCUGGUCUCUCUGGUGGGCAGAAGGUCAAGGUUGUGCUGGCCGGUGCUAUGUGGAACAACCCUCACCUUUUGGUGCUUGACGAGCCCACUAACUUCUUGGACCGUGAUUCCAUGGGUGGUUUGGCGGUUGCUAUCCGUGAGUACAAAGGAGGUGUCGUCAUGAUUUCUCACAACGAGGAAUUCGUUGGUGCCCUCUGCCCUGAGCAGUGGCACGUCGCCGAUGGCCGCGUCAUUCAGAAAGGCAACGCGGCUAUCGACAACAGCCGCUUCGAAGACAGCAAGCCUGCCUCGAGUGUCGCAAGCAGUGUUACGAACAGCGCUGCCCCGAGUGCGGCGACUAGCGAGGCGGAAGGUGACAUGAAGUUCAAGGCAAAGAAGAAGAAGAAGAUGACGAGGGCGCAGCAAAAGGAGAGGGAAGUGCGCAGGAGGUUGAGGCAUAUUGAAUGGCUUAACUCUCCGAAGGGCACCCCUCACCCCCCGGACACUGAUGACGACGCUUAGACGGCAUUAAAAGUGCUUUUUUAUUGAUGGCAUUGGCGGAGUUCAUGGCGCGUGUGUUAGACUGGUCUACAAUGAGGUGAUAGAAUUCUAGAGAUGGCCUUUUGAUUAGUAGUGGUGGCACACGGAUUCCGAAUCACGGUAUCUUGAAUAGACUGGCUGUUUUUAUGAG